AUGAACACACCUAGAAGAACUUCGCAGAUGUUGCGCUUCAUAGUCGUUGGAGGGAGUAUCGCGGGCGUCGCUUGCGCAUAUGCGCUACAAGAAGCGGGACACCAAGUAGUGGUUCUCGAGCAGGGCGAUGGGAGGCAUGAGAGUCACGGCGGAUUACGAUCUCCUCCAAAUAUGACGCGUCUGCUGAAUCAUUGGGGACUCGGACCUGCUAUUGCCCGGGUCUCAAUAAAAGCCAAUAGGUUCACUUUCAUGGAUGGGAAAUCCGGGGAAGAACUCGGACCGUUGGUGUUGCAUGACAAGCUUAUGAAGGCGUUGGCGGCGGAUUUUCUAUAUAUACAGCAUGGAGCGCUGCACGCCAUGUUCGUCGAGUUUGCCAAGAAUGCUGGGAAGGUCGUAUCGGUUGAUCCCUGGAAGGGCAUGGUGAUUACGCGCAAUGGUGUUAGAUUGACUGCCGACGUGAUCGUGGGUGCGGAUGGGUACGGAAGCGUCGUGCGUCCUGUGGUGGUUGGUCCUGAAGGAAUGAAGGGCGUUUUGGAUAAGCGGGUCUCCGUGAACAUCACAGUCCCCACAGACCUGAUGCGGCGUCACGAAGAUCUUGUUCCAUUAACGGUUUCACCGGAGUGGUCACUAUGGUUGGGCCAUGAUUGCGCGACGCAUGGGUUGCUCACCGUUAAUCCUGACACAUCUGAGAGAGAAUAUGCUGUAGUCAUGCACGUUCCUACGGACGGCAAACCGGCACAAGAAUCAUGGGCACGGUCACAGCCGUUGGAUGAGAAGUUCUUGAAGCUGGACCGAUUUGAACCUAGAGUGCAAAAACUAGUAAGACUUGCGCGGACUAUGACUCCGACCGGGUAUACUAUCUACGAGCCCUUUGACAACUGGGUGCACGAGAGCGGAAGGGUAGUGCUAAUCGGUGAAGCCGCUCACCCAUUAAUGCCCAACGGGUCGCAUAAUUCCGCAAUGUCAAUAGAGGAUGCCAUGACACUAUCAACUCUCUUUUCUCUCCCAGCAACUAAAUCGCAUACGCCUCUUCUCCUCUCUGCUUAUGAGGAACUACGGCAGCCGCGUUGCGCUGCAACACAAGCUUCUGAACUACGGAAACGAGAUUUCGUAUGCAUGCCCCUGGGCCCUGAACAACAAGCUCGCGAUGACGGAUUACGAAAUACAAGGAUACGUGCGUUGCUCGACUGGGACGAAGCAGAAGAAGAAUAUUUACGUGAAACAUGGGAGGAAUAUAUCGACCUAUUUGCAUUCGAUGCUCGAGAGGCGGUGGAAGACUGGUGGACGAAAUGGGGGCCAGCUAUAUUGCGCCCGCAGAUGCUAGAUUCACGAAUAGAAAGCACAUUGGGGAAGUUCGAGUCGCUACGUCUGGAGGUGGAUGUUUCGCGGGAGGCGGUAGCAUGA